CACUCACUCACUCACUCACUCGCUCACUCACUCACUCAGUCGACGCUGCAGUUUUCCCAAAAUGUGCACUUUGCUUCUCCAGCGCGGAUUAACACUUUGGGAGACCUUGCCCUCUAAUGGGGAGAAGCCGCAUUAACUUGUGGACACACUUCCAUUAACUGCCUUUCUCUGCCGCCGGCCAGGUCACCGAGCCGUGCACGCGCCGUGGGCUUAUCCACCGACACCCGGCGUGAGGAGGGAUAUUUAAUCGACUAUUUAGAGUCCUAAUAGGUGCACUUCUUCCCAGUUCUGACUGACAGACCGGAUCACGUGCACAGAUGCCCUCAAAGCUGCACGUUAUCUUUCUCCUACAAGCCUGGAGGAAGUUAGAAGAAGAGAGGGUAAGCGCUGCAGGAAUUCAAUUUCAGCACGGAAAUUCUGGUUGGCUCAAACCACCUGCAGCACUAUCGCUACCGUUAUUACUUUUUUAACUUCUAACGUCAUUUUUUCACACUUGUUCUUAUGCUCAGGCGGCAGACGAAGUGACGCUACUGUUUUUUGCAUGGACUGCAAGGAGCGUUAGUCCCGGCCCGGGCCGCGAUGCCGUUUGCGGCCGUCUGUGGGUUCAACAACGAGACGACGUUAGGCGUGGGGGGGGUGGAGGGGGGUUAACCUGUCACAGACACUACCCCAUCAAAUGACUCCGCCCUGACUCACAUUAGGGGUCAGGGGCUGCGGGCCGCAGCAUGGGCAACUCCUCCGGGAAGGGAGGGGGAGAAGAGGAGGGCGAAGGGGCGAAGGAUGGCGAAGAGGCUGACUUUGCAGAGAAGAAGAAGGACGAGGUGGUGGAGGUCGAAGCAGCGCUCCCGAUGGGGGUGGAGGAGUUGUUCGACAGCGGGGAUCCCGUGCUGGACUUGAGCUACCGCAAAUUUAAGCGUCUGCCGUCGCGCGUCAGCCGGCUGCUGCAUCUGGAGAAGCUGUACGUCUGUGGGAACAGCCUGCGCACCCUGCCCGACAGCGUCUCCCAGCUGCAAGGUCUGCGCAUCCUGGCCCUCGACUUCAACAAGAUGGAGGACGUCCCCGCCGCCGUCUGCCAGCUCACCAAGCUCACGCGCCUCUACCUGGGCAGCAACCGGCUCAUGACCCUCCCGCCCGAGCUGCGGAACCUGCAAAGUCUGCGCUGUUUGUGGGUGGAGAGCAACUACAUCCAGAGUUUUCCACAGGAGCUCUACGACCUUCCCCACCUCAAGUCCCUUCAGAUUGGAGACAACCGGCUGAAGACUCUGCCCUCUGACCUCUGCCGCAUGGAAGCUCUGAGGGGAUUGUGGCUCUAUGGGAACCGCUUUGAUACCUUCCCCAAAGUGUUGCUGCGCAUGGAGGGUUUGGAGAUUUUGGAUCUGGACCGCAACAAGAUAUCGGAGUUUCCCAGCCUGAGGCGUCUCCGCGCCCUCCGGCUCUUCUCCUACGACCACAACCCAGUGGAUUGCCCUCCUCGAGUGGGCGAGGAGGUGCUCGUGGUUGGGGAAGGCGCUGCAGAGUUCCUGGAGCAGCGCGAGGCCAAAAAUGAGAGGCUGCGAAAGGCCGCCGAGGAAGAGGCCGAAGAGUUGGCCCUGGCGGGCGAGGAGCUGGUGAUUCACGGCAUCCUGAAAAACAGCAGCUCCAACUCCAAACAAUCUGGGGGGAGUGGAGAGGACGCGGACACUAAAGAGGAAGAGUGGCUGGCGAACGAGAGGGAGGAGGAUGUGGACGGAGCUGAGCUCGAGUAUGACGAGGAGGGGCUCGAGUAUGAGACGGAGGAGCUGAUAUGCGAGGGGGAGGGGUUCGAGUACGAGGGGGACGACCUGGAGUACGAGAGGGCUCAGCUGGACUAUGAGUACGAGGGGCCGGAGGACGCCGGGAGACAAGAUGAAGGGGCGUGAGAUGCCCCUCACACAUCCAGACUCAGAUGAUCCGCGGGCGGGGCGGCGGCGGAUGACGGAGAUGAAGCUGACACAAAUGAUCCGUGCUGCUAAUCGCUAAUCUAGCGUUGACUGUGAAAAAUGAAUGAGCGUUAAGGCAUUAUGAAACUGUAAACCGAAGGCACCUGUGACAUCUCAAUCAACUGCAAAUGACCAAAUCAGAGCAGGACAAAGCAGGUGGUUUGUGUGUGUGUGUGUGUGUGUGUGUGAGAGAGUGUGUGCGAGGGUUGUAACACCUGGGCUAUUUUUUGUGUACACCAUCUUAUUAAACGUUAUCUCGGCUGGUGAAGUUGGCGUAUUUAUGGUGAAAUAAUGGUCACUGGGACCCGGUGCACGCGCCAGCUACUGUUUACUCUGUAGUGUUUCCACAUGGUCAGCGUCUCCUCCGUGAGCACCUCGGCCUCGACGCGCUGCCACUUUCAUAGGCCGAGACAGCGUGCGAGCAAAGUAAAUGUGUGUAUUGGAUUUAGAUCUACAAAAUAUUUAUGACAUGCUUACACAACCAUCCAACCCUUGUCCGUGUUGUGUAAGCAGUCCUGAGAAGGAAGAGCGCGGGACUAGCAGGAUCAUUAGAGGGCUGAAUAGCUGGUGUGCCUCGCCAUAAAAGGUAAGUCUGCAGAGAUCGGCUCCAGACAUGAAAUGAAAAGUAUCAAGCGGGAGUUCAGCGGGUCAGACAGGGGUCGGUCGUGACCUUUGUGUACUCCUUUUUGUCAGCGACCGCACCUCCUGUGACUCUGUCUCUUAACGCCAAGCAGGUCCGGCCCUUGUUCUCCUCUCAUUUCUUCACUCAUUAUUCAUGUGGGGCUCGUAUGUAAUCCAAUCCUCUUUGCCUCCACGUAUCUCCUCCUCACAUCUCAUUGAAGGAUUGAAAUAUUCAUCCAAGCGCUGAAAUAUUCAUACGGGUAGUCACGUGGCAGUGUGUCUCAACUGUAGUGCAAGUUGAUAUCUUCAAAUUGAGUGUUUUGUUUAAUCAACAGUCUCAAACCAAAAAUUCUAUUCAGUUUAUAUUGUCGGAUUUGAGAUAUUGUUUGGUCAGGUGAAUUGAUUUGUCUUUAAAAUGACGCAAAACAACAUGAAAGGCUCGUCACAGCUUCUCAGAGCUUAAUGUCUAAUGUCCUAACAAACAACCAAAGACAAUAAACUACAGUGAUUGAGAUUAAAAGCAAUAAAGCAAUAGCUCACUCUGGAGGAGCCGGAACCGGACAAUGUUUGACACUUGAAAAAGACAAG